CAGUUGAAUUUUAAAAUCGUCGCGAUGUGGCCGAUAUACACUGUGUUCCUGGGGCUUUCACUGCUCUUAAUUCUGCCCCAGGAUGUGAUCGGAACUUGUAAAAUGGAAGCAGGUCCCAACGCUCCGCUCGUCCUGACGCAAUUCGGGUCCAAGCUACUUUUAUCCGAUUCUUUUGGGACUUACGAACGGGAAGAUGGAGAAACUAUUGAUUUUUAUUGUGGCAGUGGAUUUUCGUAUAACAGGAACGGAUAUGCGGACAGGUUACAUGUUAAGGUUACAGUGCACUGCAGUUAUAAUGGUUAUUUUUACGACCAAAGGUCUGGCAAUGAUAUAAGUAAAGUUCAGUGUCUGAAGGGAUCGUGGCAGAUGUUUGAAAGUAAGACCAGCAUGCAGAACUGUGAGGGCGACAUGACACUCGUUUUGGGUCAUGAGUUCGAUGAAAAAGGUUCAAUAAAAAGUGUGGCCUUGUGCUUUGAUAUUUUGUCCUCUCGAAUGAAAUAUAUCGGCUACACGACAUUUCCAACCAAAAACCGAGUUAUCACAAAGACGCAAGUGGGCCAACUAAAUGAUAUCGGAUUGGACAUAAAUGUAACUUACCAAAAAUAUCUAGUCAAGACCGUGAGCCAGGGGGAAAUCGACGCCUACAUGGCGAAGGAAAGGCAGCUGGCGCAGUUGUUCGCGGGGGAAACCUUUCAGAUCGGCAGUCUGGUCCAGGACGAGGCUGUUGCCAGGCAAUUGCAUGGCUACGAGGAUAUGAUGUCCACCAUCUGGAUGCGGGCCUUGCGUGCUGGCAAUUGGAAGCACUGGAUCCAGGCAAUGCGCGAUGCAAUGGAUUCGAACCACUUUGAUGUACGACUGGGCGUGUCCGGUUACCUAGAGCUACCGAUGGCCAUCGGACGACCCUGCAACGCCAGCCGUUCGCUGAAAAUCGAAAUGGCGGACGGCAGCUCCAUCCCGAUACCCGCCCACAUUUGGGCCCAUGUGCACGCCCUGGAGAAAACAGGUGGCGUCCAGGACGAGUUUGUCAUCAUAGGCCACAACUCCCCCUUCUUAAGCAACAGCGACUUUUGCCCCUCCAUGUGCGACCAGGUGUCCUGGCUGAGGAGCAGCCUGUUCGGCAGUCUCCGCGAGUUCCCUGCCUACGGUUUGGUGCAAUGCUGCCGGGUGGAGGAUGUGGCCAGCAAGCUGGAUAACUUUCCAGGUGCGUUUGCCGCUGUGAAUGCCACCAGGAACACCGCGGAGGUUCAGCUAUUGGACUUGUUUACUCGUACGAUUGACACCACGACAGUCCCUAAUCCGGAAAACUACGACCCAUUUUACCCAGAAAAUUAUUAAUUUUUAAUUAUUAAAUUAUUAAAAAUUAAUUUCCAAAAUGUUAGGUGCAAAAAAAACAAGAUAUAACUAUUUAAAAAAAUUUUAAGUUUAAAACCAUUUAUGCAGAGUUUGAAAUUUUAAAAUGAUUCCCAGGUGAAAAUUUGCCUUGUUUUCUAUGUGUAAUUUAAUCAAUUGCUUUGUAGUUUAAACAAUAAAGUUAUAAGUUGAGCAUA